CAUGUUUAUGACGUCUCUUAGUGCUGACGCUGCUCAUAGACCGGAGUGGACAGCUAGCUGAAUCUUUAAUCACUCACAUUUACACAUAAACUAAUUCACCAUGAGUACUAUGUUCGCAGACACGAUACUUAUCGUCUUUAUUUCUGUAUGCACAGCGUUACUGGCUGAAGGUAUAACAUGGGUGUUGGUGUACCGGACAGAGAAGUACAAGAGACUCAAGGCUGAAGUAGAAAAACAAAGCAAAAAAUUGGAGAAGAAGAAGGAGACAAUCACAGAAUCUGCUGGGCGUCAGCAAAAGAAAAAGAUUGAGCGACAGGAGGAGAAGCUCAAGAACAAUAACAGAGAUCUAUCAAUGGUGCGAAUGAAGUCAAUGUUUGCCAUUGGCUUCUGUUUUACUGCAUUGAUGGGCAUGUUCAAUUCAAUCUUUGAUGGGCGUGUUGUAGCGAAGCUGCCAUUCGUCCCUUUGUCCUACAUCCAAGGCCUUUCUCACCGUAACCUUCUGGGUGAAGAUUACACUGACUGUUCUUUCAUCUUCCUUUACAUCCUGUGCACCAUGUCCAUCAGACAGAAUAUUCAGAAGAUGCUUGGUCUGGCUCCAUCUCGAGCUGCCACCAAACAGGCUGGAGGCUUUUUGGGACCCCCUCCACAAGCUGCGAAGUUCUCAUAAUCUCUGGACAAUGAACAUACCGGUACUCUCUUCUGUUGGCUGGAGGAAAUGGCUCCCUCUAAUGCACACUGUGCAACCAGCACUCCCUGAACAUGAGAGAACAGUAUUUAAAGGCAGAAGCUUCUACUGCCUCUAGCGACCUCAUCGUGUGUAUAUUCUGUGUGAUUUGGUUUGACUGAUUUUAUUCUAGCUUAAAAUAACAGCAUCUAAAAUUGUUAGAAGACUCUUAAAUUAAAUUCUUGUAUUAAAAUCGUUUGAAUGUAUUUAUGCCAUCUUCGUCUGUGCAUACAGUUUGAAGACAGUGUUAGAACCACUAAACAGGACUUAGUGUCCCUAUUGGUAGCUGGCUCUUUUUAAUAACAAGGGACUGACUCUGUUAUCCAUUUUUGGGAACAAUGCAUUGAAUCUGUUGUAUUUAUUGCAGUUACAUAAAUUUCAUUAACAUAUGUGGUUGUAAUUGUGUGACAAGGGUAUGUACAAAUAAAUUAGUGGAAUCAUCUUUUGCUCAUUAUUAGAACUUUUUUUUAUUUCAUAGUUUAAAUAAGUGGGCAUCUCGUGGGCUUUUUAAAAGAUGCAUUCUUGCAAAUGUUGCUGGUUUGCAUUUGAACUGUUUCAAACUGUAUGCUUAGCAGAAAGAACAUUACAUAGAUCUGUUGUUGGAAAAGAAAAGCAUUUUUAAUUCAUCAGUUCAUUGUAAAAUAUGCAACUGUCUUUAUUUUACCUUUAGUAUGUAGUUGUAAACAUCUGUAUUACUGUGGGUUAUCAUGCAGCUUUACUUAAUAUAAGUGUAGAUUUCGAUGGUUUAUAUAUACAGACAAAAUUAAGCUACAUGCUAGAGUGUACUUUUAGUCCAGCAGCCCCUUUUCUAUUUUCAUAACCUUAUAUGAAAUAAUAAUAUAAUUUCUGUUCAGGACCUUUUAUGGCAAUUAAAUUUAUUUAUAUAGAUUUGUGAUGCAGUACAAUAAAAGGUUAAAUUGUACUUUU